AUGACCUCCAUUGCAGCAGGUCUCAACAAGGUCCUUCCGGCGCCCAAAUUCUCCUCCGAGGAAGCCGGACCAUCACGACCCUCUACUUCGCGGAUCCUUGGUGCCGGCGACGCGGAGCGACAACAGCUCGUGCUCAAGCAAUACGGACCGCCAGCGUACGGACAUCGGUCAUCAUGGCGACCGCGCUCACAGGAAGACUUCGGCGACGGCGGCGCGUUCCCCGAGAUUCCAAUCGCCCAGUACCCACUCGACAUGGGGCGGAAAGGAGGUAAAACAACGAAGUCGAAAGCGCUUGCACUGCAGGUCGACGCCGAGGGCAAAGUCAAGUACGAUGCGAUCGCGAAGCAGGGACACGGUAGUAAUCGGAUCGUUCACGCGUCGUUUAAGGAUCUUAUCCCGCUGAGGCAGCGUGCUGAUGUCGGUGAGAUCUCGUUGGAGCGGCCAAGUGAGGAGGAGGUGCAGGCUACCGCGGAGAGGACAAGAGCUGCGUUGGAGAAGUUGGUGACCGGGGCGGUCGCAGCGCAGAAGCCGAAGACGGUUAAGGGGAAUGAGAAGAGGGAGGCGCAGUAUGUGCGGUAUACGCCGUCCGGACAGAUGGGUGAUACAUCGAAAAAGAGUGAUCGGAUCAUCAAGAUCAUCGAGAAGCAGCAGGAUCCUAUGGAGCCGCCGAAGUUCAAGCACAGGAAGAUUCCGAGAGGACCGGGCUCACCGCCGCCGCCGGUCAUGCACUCGCCCCCGAGGAAGCUGACGGCUGCGGACCAAGAGGCGUGGAAUAUUCCUCCGCCAGUAUCCAACUGGAAGAAUCCUAAGGGUUACACCGUGCCAUUGGACAAGCGUCUCGCCGCCGAUGGCCGAGGUCUACAGGAUGUUACGAUCAACGACAAGUUCGCACAGUUCUCGGAAGCACUCUUUACCGCUGACCGACACGCACGCGAGGAAGUCAAACAGCGAGCACUCAUGCAGCAGAAGCUGGCGGAGAAGGAGAAGGCGGUGAAGGAAGAACACAUCCGGGAACUCGCACAGAAGGCACGGGAAGCCGCCAACGCCCGGUCCAAACCCCGACGUGCCAGAUCUACAAGUGCAGACUCCCAGGGCUCCGCUCGGUCACGGUCCCGAAACGCGUCCUACUCCUCCCGAUCAGGCUCCGACUCCGAAGGCGACGAUGCAGUGCACGAGCGUGAACAGAUGCGUCGCGAGCGCCGUCGCGAGGAUCAGCGUGAGCUACGGAUGAAGAGGAUGGGUCAGGAGCGGAAGAUGCAGGUUCUUGCACGAGAGCAGGGACGUGACAUCGGCGAGAAAAUGGCGCUUGGCCUCGCGAAGCCAACACAGAGCACCGAGAGCAUGUUUGAUUCUCGACUAUUCAACCAAUCCUCUGGGUUCUCGAGUGGCUACAACGACGACAAUCCUUACGACAAGCCAUUGUUUGCCGCGGCAGAGGCCGCCAACGCUAUCUACAGACCUAGAGUACAGCAGGAGGACGACGAAGACGCGGCCGACAACGAGCUCGACCGGAUCAAGAAAAACUCGAAGUUCGAGGUACUGGGCCGGGCACAGAAGGGGUUCAAGGGAGCAGGUGAUGGGGAGGAGCGGGAUGGACCCGUGCAGUUUGAAAAGGACACAGCAGAUCCAUUCGGCGUCGAGGCGUUCGUGAAGAGUAUUGGGGACGAGGUGGGGAACAAGAAACACGGGUUGCAGAUGCAAGGUGGGCCAAGCAGCAAACGGGCAAGGAGCGACUAA